UUUACUAAACAAACCCUAUAAAAAAGCAACGGUCACAAUAGUUGUGGGUAUCUGCAAAGUCCCAUUUGGAAGGUAUGUGUGAUUUUCCCUAAAAUAAAUAACCCGCCCGCAACACGAUCAAAUCUCUUAUCCUCUCUCUCUCUCUCUCUCUCUUUGCGGUUGGUGAAAUGGCGGAAGCGUGGUUGACCUUUCUCUGUGUCUCUCUCUCUGUUGCCGUAAGCUUCAUCUUCUUCUUUCUCAGACCAAAAGCGAAGAAAACCCUACCUCCAGGCCCUCCAUCACUUCCCAUCAUCGGCAACCACCUCCUCCUCCGUGGAUCAGGCAUCGACAUCGAGCUCGCCCUCCGUAAGCUUCCGAAGAAAUACGGACCUGUGUUUACCCUCCGCCUCGGCGGCGGCCUGUCCAUCUUCGUGGCGACACGCGCAGUUGCCCACCAGGCCCUGGUCCAGCAGGGGGCCAAGUUCGCGGACCGGCCCCCUGCCCCCCCUGUCUCUGCCGUCUUCACCAGCCAGCAGCACAACAUCAGCGCCGCCCCUUAUGGCCCUCUCUGGCGCGUGCUCCGCCGCAACCUCAUGUCUGAGACCCUCAUCCCCGCUCGUGUCAAGGCCUUUGCCCCGGCUCGCCAGUGGGCCGUCCAAACCCUCAUAGAAGCACUCCAUGAGAGGGCUCGCGAGGGCCCUGUGUGUGUGAUUGAGGCAAUGCGUCUUGCUGUGUUCUCGCUGUUGUUGUCCAUGUGCUUUGGCGAGAGGUUUGGCGACGAGGUGGUGAAGAAGGCGGAGGCUGCACAGCGGAGGCUGCUACUCAGCUUCUCGAAGUUCACUGUUUUCGCCCUUUUCCCCAGGAUAGGGAAAUUCAUCUUCAGGAAACUAUGGCAGGAGGUGCACGAUAUUAAACACCAGCAAGAGGAAGUACUAUUGCCUCUAAUUCGUGGGGCCGCAGAGAGGCAGACGGAGUUCUUCUCGUAUGCAGACUCGUUAGCAGUACUGGAGCUUCCAGACGGCCGGAAGCUGAGCGAGGGGGAGAUGUUAAGCCUGUGCUCAGAGUUCCUCAACGGCGGAACAGACACCACAAGCACCACCUUGCAAUGGGUGAUGGCCAACUUAGUUAAACACCCGGACGUGCAGGCCAAGGUUUACGAGGAAAUCGAGAAGGAAGGUGGGGUUGAUGAGGAGAAGCUGCAGAGGAUGCCAUACCUGAAGGCGGUGGUUACGGAGACGCUCCGGCUGCACCCACCCGGGCACUUUGUGCUGCAGCAUACGGUCACAGAGGAUUCGACAUUGGAGGGUUUCGUGAUACCCAAGGGGGCGGGCGUGAAUUUUAUGGUGAAGGAGAUGGGGGUGGAUCCAGAGGCAUGGGAGGAGCCAUUGGAGUUCAGGCCUGAGAGGUUUCUGGGAGGUUUGGAGGUGGAUUUGACAGGAAGCAGGGAGAUAAAAAUGAUGCCAUUUGGGGUUGGGAGGAGGAUUUGUCCAGGAAUGGCGUUAGCCAUGAUGCACCUCCAAUAUUUUGUGGGGCAUCUGGUCAAGGAGUUUGAAUGGAAGAGUGUUGAUGGAGAGGAGGUGGAUUUGUCUGAGAAGGCAGAGUUCACAGUAGUCAUGAGAAACCCACUCAAACCACUUCUCAUCCCAAGACCAACUUCAACUCACACCAAACAAAACUAACCGACCUAAAACCACAUCUGCAUCUAUCUUGUUAUGCUUUUCUCAGAUGCAAAUUUAUUUUCUCUUGUUUUGUUUCGCUUCAACUGUUUUUAUUUUAACUCAAAUUAUGUGCUGUGGUCUCUUGCUUUUUCCCCUUUUUUUUCUUAUAAAGCGUAUAUAUUUCAUA